CUCUCUCCUCUCUCUCCUGCUCAGGCUGGCUCUGUAUCUGCUUCUCUCCCGCGCGCAUGCGGUCCCUUCCCUGCAAGAUUCGAAGAAGGGCUCUGUGAUCUGCUUGAACAGACUCCCGUAGUGUAUUGGUCGGUCCAGGUCCAGAUACAUCUCACCGUCGAUAAGGUAGACGAGAGCAGGGAGAGCGUACAAUACGGCAAGGACAGGCGACCACUACUUUUUGAAUUCAAACGCGGAGUUUUUGUAUGUAGACUACAGCAGCAGCAGGCGCAGCGGAACAUGCUCGCGGGUUAAGGAUACUACCGACCGACGUCCCUCGACGCCCGAGGCUCUAAAACACUGAAACGAAGUGAUGGCGUCCGAAGGACUGAAGCGACCACGCUCCGAUGACGGCUGCGAAGAAAGCGGAACCGUUUCCAGCAGCAGCGGAGACGACCUGCUCGACCGUAAAUGCGGUUUCUGUAACCUGGGCCACAACGAGGGACUGGAGAUGGCAACGGACUUUAUCGACAUCCCUACCGACCGGAACGUGUGGGCGUCCGAUGAGCCAACCUUGACGCUAAACAGGAAACCCGUUUGGUGCCACACCAACUGCGUGCACUUCAGCCCUCAAACGAUCUACGACGAAACCGCACCGAAGUGCAAGUGGCGUGACGUCAGCAGAGAGUACUUUCGUGCCCGAUGCUUGAGUUGCAUAAUCUGCGAAGAAAAGGGGGCAUCGAUUGGGUGCCGGGUAUCCAGCUGUAAUGCUUCGGUCCACUUUCCAUGCGCAAUCAAGGCGAGUCGAGAGGUCCUUCCCGACGGCCGGAAGAACUGGUACCCCUGCCAGGAGUCCGAGCUCCCCUACUUCUGCCCGAAGCACUUCGCCCAGCGCACGGUGCAUGAGCAGGACAAGGAGAUCGCCCGGCUGUCGGACCUGUCCCAGGGCAACGAGCCCUACCCUAUCCCCCUCGAGAUGGGACUGGCCUUGGCGAUGAAGACGCCCUUCCACUCCGCGCUGGCGGCGCCCGGGACGGCGAACGGCAAGGGAUACGCCGGCGGCGGCGGAGGCGGCGGCGGCGCGGCUGCCGCGGCAGCGGCAGUGGCAGCGGCCGCCGCGGAGGAGGACCAGGCGAGUGCCCGCGAGCAGUGGCAGAAGGUUCUCCCCGAGGUGCCGCUCCCCCGGGGCCUGUUGACGAAGCCCAGGGACAUCGACUUCACGUACGUCCCGGCCACGGUUGACAGAGCCACCGCUGCCGACCUGCCCCUUCCCGCCCGCCUUCUCAGCAAGUCGGCUCAGGUCCGGCAAGGUCCGGAGAGGGAGAAGCGGUGCUGCACCUGCACCGGCCCAGCAACCUGCCGAGACCCAAGAAUUUGCGAGUGUCUCCAGCAAGGAAGGCAGUAUUCGAGCAAGGGGAGGCUUCUUGACGAGGGUCACCCAUCGCAGAUCUACGAGUGCAACGUGAACUGCAGGUGCCACGUCGACGAUUGCCGCAACCGGCUGGUGCAGAGGGGCAUGACGUGCAACAUCAAGGUUCUCUACCUGGGAUCGUCGAGACGCCGCGUGCUGGAGGGUUGCGGGAAGUGGGGCGUCACGGCCGUAAGGAAGAUCCCGGCGAGGAGCUUCGUGUGCACCGUAGCCGGGCAGCUCGUGCUCGCCGGCGACAUGGUCGGCAGCGUCGACCAGCAAGGGCAGCACAGCACCAGCGUCCUCGUGCACCGCGUAAGGGACUGGACCGAGCGAGACUUUAGACAAACACACCACCACGGCGGCAGCAGCAAUGGCCGUGGCGUCGAUAGCAGCAGCAGCAGCAGCAGCAGCAGCAGCAGCAGCAACAGCGUCGGGGGUGGAUCGAAUUUGUUCCGCGUUCAGCCGACGCAUCCUCCGCUCGCUGGGGGUCUGCAGGAGAGGUUUGUGGAUCAGCGGCGCUAUGCCAACAUCUCCAGGUACAUCCGGUGCGCCAAAAGGCUGGAGGACGCCAACCUCGUGCCAGUGGCCGUCCACACGGCGUAUCAAGACCCCAACGCGCCUGUCCUGGCUCUGUUUGCCGUCAAGACCAUCGAAAAGGACACCGAACUCCUUCGGUAUCGAUGAGGACGGGCGAACCGUGGAUGGUGCCGGAGACAGAUGGUGACCACACGAUGCCCAACAGGACGGGAAUACAACAUGUGGCAGAAGAAUAUGUACAGGGACACGUAUUGGUCAGCACCAGAAUGUUGAACAUGAUUGAUUCAAGCAACAAUGAGUACUGUCCCCGCCCGGCCCUCGAAGUAGAUUGAUAUGGAUUGACGCUGCACGGUUUACGUGCUGCGUAUUUGACACGACUGCAGUUCAAAAGUGGUCACUGUUGGACAAGGUACAUGUGGCAAGACACUCAAGAUUAGUUUUUUCAUGGAAAAAGUGUGGCAAAGCGAACGAGCA